CGUUCACUGCUUUGCUGCCCACUAUCAACUGGAUACACGCAGACUGACUCCACACAGAGAGAGAGAGAGAGAGAGAGAGAGAGAGAGAGGGGCGGAGCAGCAAGUGAUACCGUGGGAAGGUAAGGAAAAGCUUUUGGUUUUUGGUUUCCAUUGCCGGCGUUGAGCUCCUGGCAGCAACCGCGCAGGGUAGAGACAUGGGAGAGGAGGCGAAAAAGGCGGAGCAGGUGAAGAAGGAGCCGGCGGCGGUAGACGAGAAGCCAAAGGGUAAGGAAGAGAAAAAGGAGGAGAAGAAGGCAGAGGAGCGGAAGGACGGCGGCGCAGAGGUUGAGGGGAAGAAAGAUGGAGGCGAGGAGGAAAAGAAGGCAGACGCGCCGCCUCCUCCGCCGCCUCCGGAGGAGAUCGAGAUGCGCGUCUUCAUGCAUUGUGAGGGGUGCGCGAGGAAGGUAAAGAGGAGCUUGAAGGGAUUUGCAGGGGUGGAGGAUGUAAAGACGGACAGCAGGACGCACAAGGUGGUGGUGAAGGGGAAAAAGGCGGCUGAGGAUCCGAUGAAGGUGGUGGAUCGGGUCCAGAAGAAGACCGGGAGGAAGGUCGAGCUGCUGACGCCGCUGCCGCCGACGAAGCCGGAGAAGAAAGAGGAGGAGAAGAAGGAAGAGGAAAAGCCCAAGGUGGAGGAGAAAAAGGAAGAGCCAAAAAUGAUCACGGUGGUGCUGACAGUCCACAUGCAUUGCGAGGCCUGCGCACAACAGAUCAAGAAGCGAAUACUAAAGAUGAAAGGUGUAAAGGAGGCGGAACCGGAUCUGAAGGCUUCCCAAGUUACCGUGAAGGGCGUGUUCGAGCCAGCGAAGCUGGUGGAAAACGUACAUAGGAAAACCGGCAAGCACGCAGUGGUGGUGAAGCAGGAGCCGGAGGAGAAGAAGGACGAGAAGGGCGGCGGCGCCGGCGAGGACGCGGGGAAGGACGAGAAGAAGGCCGGCGACGCUGGUGGGGACAAUGCCGAGAAGAAAGAAGAAAAGGAAUCAGGCGGAGGUGCAGAGGAGAAAGAGAAGAAGGAAGGGGGCGGAGCGGAGACGGCGGAGGCUACGCCGCCGCCGAAGGUGGUGGAACAGCUGAUGCGAAACGAUUUGUAUCACUACUACCCAAGACACCCUGCCGCGGGUGGAUUUGUGGGAUACGCGUAUCAUCCCUCGUACCCCCCUUAUACCACGUAUCCCCCUCAAAUCUUUAGCGACGAGAAUCCCAAUGCUUGCUCUGUGAUGUGAUCCGAAGAGGGGAAAAAGCAGACUUUUUGUAUAAGUAAAGAGGCGGAUUAGUAAUUAGUGGUGCAUAAUUAGUGCGAUAUUAGAUCCACCUCGGGAAAAACAGAAUUAUAAAUAAGUUUGUCUCUGUUUUGUUUUCUGAGGUCGAUUAAUUAUAUUUUCUUUCUUUC